AUGAUUCAAAAUACUGUUAGAGGAUCUAUUCUUAGAUCAGCAAAAUUUACUGCACCAAGAUCAUUGCUUUCGAUUUCAAGAUCAUUGACAACCGAAAACACAUCGAGCAAACCUACACCACCUCCAAAAAAUGAUGAAACCACCCAUUUUGGUUUCAAAACGGUUAACAAAGAUGACAAGGAAAAGCUUGUUGGAGGAGUAUUCUCAUCAGUGGCAUCAAAUUACGAUGUUAUGAAUGAUGUCAUGUCAAUGGGUGUUCACAGAUUAUGGAAGCACCACUUUAUUCAAAGAUUAGAUGCUGGUAUGAGACCAGGAUCAACUCAACCUUUAGAGUUCUUAGAUGUGGCAGGUGGCACCGGGGAUAUUGCCUUUGGAUUAUUAGAUCAUGCUGAAAAGAAAUACGGUGAUACCAUGAGCAAGAUGACCAUCGCAGAUAUUAAUCCAGAUAUGUUGAAAGAGGGAGAAGUAAGGUUUGCUAAAACCAAAUGGGCCAAUACUGACCGUGUCAACUUUUUAGUUCAAAAUGGUGAAACUAUGGAUCAGAUCCCCGAUAAUUCAAAAGAUGUAUACACUAUUGCCUUUGGUAUUAGAAAUUUCACAGAUAUACAAGCCGGAUUAAAUACUGCUUACCGUGUUUUGAAGCCAGGUGGUAUUUUUGCAUGCUUAGAAUUCUCACAAGUGGAAAAUCCUCUUUUGGACUAUGCUUACCAAGCUUAUUCAUUUUCUUUGUUGCCUUUAAUGGGUCAAUUAAUUGCUAAUGAUAGAGAUUCGUAUCAAUAUUUGGUUGAAAGUAUCAGAAAAUUCCCUAAACAAGAAGAAUUCAAAGGCAUGAUUGAAAAAGCAGGGUUUUAUGUCCCUGAACCAGGUUACGAAAACUUGACCUUUGGUGUUGCCAGUAUUCAUAUUGGUGUUAAAAUUUAA